AUGCUUUUCUCCGAACUACAUCCUUCGAAGGAGAAGGUUCACAAACUUAAUAGCGACUGUUUAUCUCAUUUUCAAGGCCUACAUCGCUAUAAAUAAGCCGUAUGAGGGAAUAAAGCCAAUGGUGACCGAGAUCUAUACCUUGACAGAUCCUUUAAACUCGAACGAAGAAACUGAAUUAGUCAGUCUGACCCUUUUCAACUCUGAAGAUCCCUUUCAGAUGUAUCUAAUUGCCUUUUGGACUUCUGCAAUCACAUUCGCUGCGGCAGUUAUUCUACUUCUGCAUGUUUUCAAAAGAAAUUACAGGAUUGAUCACAGAAUUUUUGCCCGCAAUCAAAAUGAAAAUAAUCGGGAAUAUUUAGUGAGUCAGAGCUUUCUUUUUAAAGAAAAAUUUCUAUUUUUAAAGAAUACAAACUUGAUAUGAUUUUCUGAUAUCUGUACUCUUCCUUCUAAUUUUUUGAAGCUAUCCUAAACCGGAAUGAUUUGAAUGCUAUCAGAGCCAUCUGAACCGGGUGAGCAAGACGACGGGAACCGAGGCGGUCAUUUCGCCGGAACUCGAGAAGAGCUACGAGUUCCUCUUCAAGAAAUGGACCAACGGCGAGAACACGGCCGACAAACUUCUCCAGUGUUUCGGCUACGACUUCUUGGACCCUGCACUGAGGCCCGACUUCGUCGACUAUAUUAAUGUGAGUUCGAAAAAAUCAAGCUUAACAAUUGUCCCAAAUUAUCCCAGAGCCGGAAGGUCAAGUUCCAUCAAAUUGAUGUUUGCUCGAAACAAGAAUUAAACAACGAUGAUCUUUAA